AUGCUUUAUAUAUUUCGAGUUGAUAUUGGCGAAACCUAUACGUUUGAAACUGAAUUAGCGUUUCAAGAUGUAAAAACAUUAAAAUCAACUAUUGAACAUGAACAUGCAAUAGCAUCAUCAAAACAAAUAUUAAUUAUAAAUGGAGGAGAAUUAUUAGAUGAUGAUGCUGUACAAGUCUGUAUGAAAACGCGUGAAACAUGUGCUGGAACGGAAGAAAAUCCAAUUUAUCUUUUGGACAAAUCACAUUUAGAACGAUCACAUCCAUUACAAAUACCAUUAACAUCAAAUAGUAUACCAAUAUUAGAUAAUGCAACUGUUGAACAAUGGUUAUCAAUGCCAUCAACUUAUGAAACAAUUGUUCAACGAGCUGAUACUGCACAAAAUUUUAAUAAAUAUGCACAAAAAAUAGUUCAAAAUUGUGACAGAUUUAUUCGUGAUCAACAAGCACAAUAUCAAGGAUGGAUGGCAGUUAUUGCUAAUAUUGAAGAUACACUCUCAAGUUUUAGACUUAAUCGAAAUUCCUUUAAUCGUAUAUAUCAAAAUUAUUUAUCGGAAAGACCGUCGUACAAAGAACUUUUUCAGAGUCUUCCUCGUGCAAUUAAAAUUCUUCAUCAAUUAAAACUUCCAAAUAAAUUGAUAGCUUUAAUUGAUAAUUCUAAUGGAAUUAAUUAUAAAUCAACAGUAUCAUCAUCAGCAUCAUCAUCAUCGAUUUGUUCGGCAGCAACAAUAAGUACUAAUUAUGUAACACAAAACGAUAAUGAUAUUCAAACUGGAGGAGACAUAUCUUUAUUUGAAUGGGUUACUGCUCAAUUAGCCAAUAUGAAAGUCGACGAUAUAAUCAAUGGAUGUGUACAUUUUAUUGAUGAGUGUUCAGAAGAACUUUUAUCUUCAUUAAAUACGGAAAUGGAUGGGUUAUUUAGAAGGAUUUCGAAUCAUGAAUUAAAACAUAUGGUUGGUAUAGAAGAACGUUUUGCUCUUUUACAAAAUGAAUUAUCAAAUGCAAAACGUUUACAAUAUGAACAAAAAGAUUGUGCUGAUUAUUUGAUCAGUCAACGACAAAGAUUUAGUUCAAAUGUUGGUAAUCAAAGAGAUUGGGCUUUAAUAAAAGAUAUAUCGGGAAUUCAUUCACAAAAUUUAAUUGAAAUUAGUAAAAGACAUCAAAAAUUAAUUGACAUUGAAAGAAAAAUUCGAAAAUCAAAACAAGAAAUUAUUGAUCAACUACAUCGAAGAUUUAAAAAUUUGAUGCUUCUUCAACGACAUUUAGUUGAUUAUGAUACUAAAUUAUCAGUAUAUACUCAUAAAUUAAAUCGAACAAGAAAAACUAUGGCAUUUUUACAACAACUUAAUCAAGCACCUAAUCUUUAUUAUUCAUUUUUAAAUGAAUGUAUUAGACGAAAACAAUAUUCAAACAUUUUUAAUCGGUUUUCCGAAACAAUUCAUCAUGAAACAAAGAAUAUUCAUAAUGAUGAAAUAUCUAAACGAGAACAGUUUAUUAAACAAUAUGAACCACAUUUUCUUUUUAAUUUAUUACCAGCUCUUAAAAUAUCACCAACAUUUUUCAUUAAAGAACCAUUACCAUUAUUGGAUUUUAAUUUGCCGGAUAUAACAUUAAAUGAACUUGAUCAAUUAUUUGAAGAAUUUCCUGAAAUAAAACAACAGAACAACAAUGAAAAACCUAUUGUUGAUCGUACAAUAAAUCUUGAUCCCCUUAAACGUUGUACUCAAAUAUUUCAUCAAGAAGAAUAUCCAACAACGAUUGUACCACUUUCAGUAUUAAUCUCAUCAACAACAAUGAUUAAUGAAGAUAUGCAAAAACAAAUUCCAUCACCAACACCUAGUAGUAGUCGAUCAACAGUUGUUCGUUCUCCAUCAUCAUCUGAUGUUGAAUCACCAAAUGAAUUACUUUUCACACAAACAUUAAUAUCAAAAGAAAAAUCAAAACAAAUUAUUGAUGAAAAUAUUAUUCAAAAAAUAAUUGAAAAUCAAUUAAAUAUGGAACAAGAAGAAAACAAUGAUGAAACACCGACAGAAAAAGGUUAG